AUGGAAAUGUUUAAGAAAUGUUUAGGUGCUUUAGUUAGGGCUUAUAUAAAAGUCAAUGUUCUUGAAGUUGACAAGCCUGGAUACAGGACAAGGAAAAGAGAAAUUGCCACUAAUGUUCUAGGAGUGUGUUCACAAGAAUUGCAAUUCAUAUACAUAUUACCUGGGUGGGAAGGUUAUACAAAUGGGGAUGGAUUCUUAGUUCCAUAUAGAGGCCAAUAUUACCAUUUGAAUGAAUGGAGACAAAACAAUCAUCCACAAUCAAAAGAAGAAUUGUUCAACUACAAACACUCAAGUGCACGGAAUGCUAUUGAAAGAUGUAAUGGAUUGUUGAAAAUGAGAUGGGCAAUACUUAGAGGUAGGGCUUGGUACCCAGUUAAAACACAUUGUCAAAUUAUAAGUGCAUGUGAACUGCUACAUAAUUAUAUUAGGAGGGAGAUGACUCUUGAUCCACUAGAGGCUGAAUUGGAUGAGUCGUAUAUGGAUUUCAAACCUUUCGCAAAUGCACAAAGCAUCCAGUACAUUGAGACUUCCAAUGCAUGGACAACUUUUAGAGAUAACUUGGCUCAAGAAAUGUGGAAUGAAUGGCAAGCUUCUAGGAAUCAACCUUGA